AUGUACCGGGCCCGGGCGGCGCGGGCGGGGCCGGAGCCCGGCAGCCCGGGGCGCUUUGGGAUCCUCAGCACCGGGCAGCUCCGGGACCUGCUUCAGGAUGAGCCCAAGCUGGACCGGAUCGUGCGGCUCAGCAGGAAGUUCCAAGGCCUGCAGCUGGAGCGCGAGGCAUGCCUGGCUUCUAACUACGCGCUAGCCAAGGAGAAUCUGGCGCUGCGUCCCCGCCUGGAGAUGGGCCGCACUGCCCUGGCCAUCAAGUACCAGGAGCUCCGGGAGGUGGCCGAGAGCUGUGCAGACAAGCUGCAGCGCCUGGAGGAGAGCAUGCACCGCUGGAGCCCCCACUGCGCGCUGGGCUGGCUGCAGGCUGAGCUGGAAGAAGCUGAGCAGGAGGCUGAGGAGCAGAUGGAGCAGCUGCUGCUGGGGGAGCAGAGCCUGGAGGCCUUCCUGCCCGCCUUCCAGCGAGGCCGGGCCCUGGCCCACCUGAGGCGGACCCAGGCGGAGAAGCUGCAGGAGCUGCUGCGGCGCCGGGAGCGGUCGGGGCAGCCGGCCCCCACGGCUGCCGCAGAGCCCCCCAAGUCCUUCCCCGCUGCUGCAGUCCUGCCCACUGGGGCUGCCCGGGGGCCGCCGGCAGUGCCCCGGAGCCUGCCCCCCUUGGACUCCCGCCCAGUGCCCCCACUGAAGGGCUCCCCCGGGUGCCCCCUGGGCCCAGCCCCUCUGCUGAGCCCUCGGCCCUCGCAGCCAGAGCCCCCCCACCGGUAG